CGUUUGCUUUUAUUCCUGUAACUACGCAAGCAUCUAGCUGCGCUCCAAAAGUGUUCUGCUCUCAGCAGUGCACAUUUACUGAAUGCACUUGAAAGCAGCACGUUGAGGAGCAGGAAAUGCAAACUCUGUUUUGGGCAGACACUUUCCUCCGUGCAGACGGUAGUUUUUCAUCCAUCCUGCUGUCCUGCCAGAUCUUCUUCUCCCUAAUCCUCAGUCCUGAGCCUGGCCUCUAGACUCCACCAUGGACAACCUAGAGGAGGACCUGACGUGCUCUGUGUGCUACUCUCUGUUCUCUGACCCGCGGGUCCUGCCGUGCUCACACACCUUCUGUAAGAACUGCCUGGACAACCUGCUCCAGGUGUCCACCAACUACUCCAUCUGGCGUCCACUCCGCCUGCCGCUAAAAUGCCCCAACUGCCGCAGCGUGGUGGAGCUGCCCCCGAUGGGCGUAGACUCUCUGCCCACCAACGUCUCUCUGCGAGCCAUCAUCGAGAAAUACCAGAGCGACAGUGAGCCGCGACACCCCUCCUGUCAGGAGCACCACAGGCAGCCUCUGAACAUGUACUGCAUCCAGGAUCGCCAGCUGAUCUGUGGGCUGUGUCUGACUGUCGGGCAGCACCAGGGCCAUCCCAUAGAUGACCUUCAGGCAGCGUUCAUCAGAGAAAAACAGACUCCAUCGCGGCUGCUGGCCAGACUCUCUGAGCAGAGAUGGGCACAGGUGUGUGAGCUGGGGGAGCAGCUGGAGCAGGAGAAGGCCCGCUGUGAGGGUGUAGUGAGGCAGGACCGACAGGAGGUCAAUCAGUUUUUUCAGACUCUGGAGGUGGUGCUGGCCAGGAAGAGACACGCCUACCUGGAGGCCCUGGACAAAGCUGGUGCAGAGGUGUCCCGGGCUUACGACCCACUCAUUCACAGAGUGAAGGCGCUACAGGAAGAACAGUUGGACCUGGUGUCCGUGGGUUCAUCAGUGGAGGAGGAGGACUCACCGCUGGUCUUCCUGGAGCAGGUUCAUUUGUUCAGAGAGAGGGUGGAAGAGUUUAUUAAAACCCCUCUGCCCUCGGUGAUUAACCUCUCCGUCACUCCGCGGGCGGCGGAGCACCUGCAGCAGCACUGGCCCGCUGUGACUAUCGGCAGCCUGGAGGAAGCACCUGUCCCUAAGGUGUGCUGCUGCGCCAGAUGUGGCGGCGUGGAAACUGAAGAUGAAGGAAGGAAUCAGUCCGACAGCUGGGUGCAGAACCUGUGGUGGGAGCUGCAGCCCACUUUCUCGGUGGUGCUGCUGGGGCUGCUGCUGCUGCUCAUGGCGCUAUGGGUCAACCCGGUCGGAGGGGCGUCGCUCGGUUUCUCUCUGCUCUCUCAGUUUAGUCAGCUAGUCCACGGCCUGAGCAGUGAACUGAUCACAUCUGUCUGGGACACGGCGGGGUCAGCAUACACAGUGAUGGAGGCCUCUGUAGAAAGAUGGAGCUCUCACCUCUCCUCAGUGGGUGAAAAGGCCUCCCAGCAGCUGGCUGCCUUAUUUAAAACUCUGACAUCCCACUGAAACAAACCAAACUGGAACCCUGAACAUUCAGUUAGAGGCUGACAAAGCUUUACUUUAACACUCCUGUAGUAAGGAAACAAAAUACACACUAAUGUACCUUUUUAGAUACCUGCUAUUCUCCUGGAAAAAUACAGCCAAUUAGUAAACAGACACUCAAGGAUUCAAAAAUUAUCAGUAUACAAUUAAUUAGAACAAAAGUAUUUUACUUAAGACUGAUUGCGUGGAAAUAACUUGACCAACAUAUAAUAACAAUUAUAUGUAGAUAAUGUCAACAAUAUCAAUCUUAUGAUUCAUUUUUCCCUCAGGCCUGACUUCAAAGAUUCCCAGUCGUUCUAUGCAGACUUGGGGAAAACUUGAGAUGUGACUCAUUUACUCCCAUGUUUGUGCAACUGCACAGAAGAUUCCAAGUUCAAAUUCUCAAAGAAAUGAGACAUUUAUCUAGCCGUAAAUCUUUUUGCAUAUUUAAUUGGUGUUGUCAAGGGUUAUGUUCCUCUUUAUGGCAUAUUCAAGUUUAUGUUAAUACAGCCUAACUAAUAAGCAUUCGUCGUAUCAAACCUUGAUCAAAAAUUGGAAACUGGAACGGGGCUCAGUAAAUAUGAAAUUGGUGCUCAGAGACUCGUGAGUCACCUUUCCCAAGAUGCAGUGGGACAUUUCAGUAGCUUUCCCGUUGUGUUGGAGAGCUUAGGACAACGGUGCAGCUGCACAUGUAUCUCCUUACACAAGGCUGUUUACAGGGACCGGAGCUGCAUGUGAACUUUAGAGCCUCGUGAGAGGAACCUGAGAUCAUGUUGCAGUGAUGCUCUGAGCGGCUACCUUUCUGUGCCUUUAACCACCACGCCUUAACCUCACCUUACUUCUAAUAGCCCGAAAUAGUCUAUUAAACAAAUGUAAUAGCCGUAUUGUUGUAGACUGCAACUCCAUGAGGACCAAUAGCUUUUUUUACAAAAGUGCACCGAUAUACAGUCUAUUUUAAAAAUGAUUAUAACCUUUGGAAAAGCUUUACCAGUGCUAUUUUGCAUCCCACAUGUUACCUUAUUUUACUCAAGAUGUCGGCAGGACAGAUCCUUACAGAUUCACCAAUCUGAGGGAACGCCAAGCUGCAUUCCUAAAUAUCAUGUACACAGGUAUUAUGCAACUAUACGUCGUACAUGCUACUGCAAGCAUCACAUACUGAAAAAAAAUAGACAUUUUGAUGUACUUUUCCAUACUUCUUCUGUUACUGUAUUUUAAAAACGUCACAAUAAACUGUUCAAAUGCUUUGUUUUGUGUAGUAUUCAUAAUAAAAAUA